UAAUAUUCAUGCUCGCAAUAUGUGUGACAUGUGUAGUGUCCGAAAAGGUGGAUUCUGCCGCCAAUACGUGUAUGGGAAUACAAACAUACACAGGCAAGGGCGCUAAGAUGAAGAAAACUCUUGUCAUACCACCUCUCAGCGAUGACUGCCACAAUAAGUUGAAGAAAGCAGGGAUCAUUCCGUCGAUGCCUAUGUGUCCCAAGGAAAAUGGCUGCACAGUGACGUAUAAGGCAGUGGAAUCGGUCAGGUUAAACAGCAGAAAAGUAUGCAAGGUCGUCUGCCCGCACAUCCUCCAUUAUCCUAAAGUAGAGUGCGACAAAGAUGAGAAAUGCGACAAGAAGAAGAAGAAGCACUGUGAGAGAGACGACGUCAAUUACACAAGCACAUAUCGAGUGUUGGUGAAAUGUCCAGGCACUAAAGGGGACACCAUUAUGCUAAUCUCCAAGCAGGCUACGUGCUGCGACUGCAUGAGUGGGUUCUUCUUAGACUUUUCUUCAUUAUUUUCAUUUGGAAAGAAGUAGAACUGAAAGAUCUUUUUUUUACAUAGUAUCUUCGGGACUGUAAUCUUAAUUGUGCUUAUCGUCCAAUAUGAGAGUGUGCGUAUUAUAAGUUGACUCUUUGCGGGCGUUUCCGUGUGUCAUCGGACGUUUCCGGCUGUGUCACCAUGGUGACUAGAGGGGAUGAUAACAAUUGGUCGAAAUCUUGCUCUCAAGAUUCGUUGACUGACUACAUGUGUCUGUAAAGGUUUUAUGGUAUGUGCAAUGCUGCCAUGUAAAUAAGCAAGAAGUGUGGUAUAGGAAUUUCGUAUUAUUAUUAUUAUUAUUAUUAUUAUUAUUAUUAUUAUUAUUAUUAUUAUUUUUUGUGUUAGUCUAUUCCUUUGAUCAAGAUUUUCAAAAGGUAUAUAUUUUGGUGCUAUACCCAGGACCAUAUAUUGUAUCUUGUCCAGAUAUACAAGUACAAUGUUUUAUUAUUUUGGUUUAAACAUGCAAGAGAGAAUUAUACAAAAGCACAUUUAUGGGGCACCCCAAGCCAUUGCAUGGGCCCUAAUGACCAACAUUUCGGAGGCAAACAUCUCUGUACAGCCAUUUGGAUGAUUUUGUGUCAAAAUUCAAAUGUACACUGAUUGCAGCGUACGUCUAAACGUACACAGACUGUAUAUACGUACAUAUUCUGGUCUAGACAGGGUAGGAAAUUUUAUUGGUUAUUUUUGAAUUGAAAAAUGAGAACAUUCAUGUUUUGUUUAUAAAUAUAUACUAUAUAAUUUUGAUAUGCUUCCAAGAAUUGUAAUUAUUCAUUUGUUAUUGUAUGCUAUCAUAUUCUUAUCCGUUUUAUUGAAUAAACAGUAGAAAAACGUGAA